GCAGGGUAAUUUUAACAGAGAGCUGGCUCUGGUGAGAGAGGGAGCGAGCAGGCGGGCGGUCGGUCGUUUGGUCGCUGUGAAGCGCGGUCUCACGGCCGUGCCGCACGCCUCGGGGGCUCCUUGGCCCACCGCCCCGAUAGAGGGGGGCUCUUUCCCCUUUUUUCCCAUUUUCUUCUCGCAGCCGAGGCAUGAUAGCGGACCCUGCGCAGAUCGCCGUGCCUCUGCCGGCCCCUGCGCAGUCGGAAGGAGCCCAGGCAGCGUCGCUGACCUCCGAAACACACAGACCUAGCCCGGCGGAUGCCAUGCUCCGGAAGAAGGAGCAGAAGGAUGCCGAACUGGACAGGAAGAUCGAGGCCCUGAGGAAGAAGAACGAGGCACUGAUGAAGAGGUAUCAGGAAGUGGAGGAGGACAAGAAGAGGGCGGAGCAGGAAGGCAUGGCUCUGCAGGGCCGCAAGGGCAAGGCGGAGGACCUGACCAUCACCAUCAACAAGUGCACUAAUGAAGGACGUGUCGUCACAAAGAAACCUGGGACCGGUAGCCAGCCUGCCCCUCGGCCGGCACCUGAACCCAUGGAUGGGGAUUCGAACCCAUUCGGCGCUGCACAAGGCAAAAGGAGGCAACUGUUGGUCACCACCGGGGGCAGCACCAAGGGCAGGCGGAUUGUGAGUGAGAGGAAGGGGGCGGGCCCACACUCAGGCCCCGGGGGGCCCAGGGAGCCUGGCAAAGCUGAGGAAGACUCCGGCAUGGGCAGCGGAAGGCCGCCCCAGAGCUUGAAGGGGGAGACGCGAACACAGGAAGAUGCUGGGAAGCAGGAGCCACACGGCUCAACGGAGGCCGAACACAACCCCUAUUACCAGGAUUGCCAGGACUCUGGCCGGCAGGUCCACACAGACCUCACCGUCCCCACCUCCAAAGAGGAGCAGCUGGAGUACCUGCGCUGGAAGAAGGAGCGGGAGCGGAUUGACCGAGAGCGUGUGGAACGUCACAAGAACGCCAAGGGCCAGUGGAGGAGGGCCUGGGAUAUGGACAAGCCAGAGACAGGGUUUCGGGAGAGAGUUCACGGGGAAGCUGAUCGUGGAAGUCAAGGCAGAGGAGGAAGAAAUGUGCGACGGGGUAGCCUGAGACCAUAUGCAGAGUCGCGGGGGCAUCGGACCCGGGACAGGGGGACGAAGAACCUGCAGGCUAUCGGCAGCAAAGCCAAGGGCAAGGAUCGCCUGACAGGAAGAGCUAGGAGAUGGGAUGCCAAGGAAGAAGCAAAGGACCCACAGACCCCAGAGAGUUUUGAGGAGUUCUUAGAGGAACUGGAUGCCUACGGAGAUGCUGACGUCGAGGAAACCCAUCCUGGGGCAGAGAGUGGAGAUGGAACUACGGGAGAUAAGACUAGGGAUACAGUAGGUGCUGUGGGGACUGUUACGGAAGACGGUUCCGGAGGUGUAAAGGACGCCACUGGUCUAGAUCAGGACAGUGAGUCAGCUUUGAGAAAAGGCCAAGAAGAACAAGGCCAUAAGCCAGCCACCCCGGAGGCCUUGCCCCAGCGAGAAAAGAAGGUCCGCUUCUCCGUAGAAGCAUUGAAGGCCAGCGAAUGGUCAGACGAAGAAAUCCCUGAGCCGACCCUCCCAGAGGCCCAGGCGGAUGGCCUCGAUAGAGCCCUGCAGCGCACAGACAGCCCUCCAGGGGGCGUCGACACACCUGGGCUUAAGGGAGACCGCACCUCAGGCAGACCUGAGCAGAAAAAAGGUGUUUGCCUUCCUGAGACUCCCAGAACUGGAACGUCCGAUAGCAAACCCGGUAACGUGGUCACGGGCAAAGUGGACCCAGUGUCUCAGUCUGUGGACGGCGACUCUCCGACCGCUCAGCCCACGGGACAUUCAAAGGGCAGUGCCAGCAAAAGCCCAGGAGAGAGAAUUGACGCUGGGUUCUCUGUGAUGACCACUGACUGUGAGGCUCCUCACCGUGCUCACAAGAGCAACACUGAGAAGGCAAAAGAAAAUGGGAAAAUAGUUUGAAAGUGAAGAAGAGGGGGUCUUAUGCACUACGCUAAGGAACUGAUGCUUUGUUUUGCACAGUUACUUAAAUGUCAUUGAUGGGCUUGUGGAGAAAAGUGGGAAUGAAAACAUUAUCACAGGUGGAGUCAACGCACAUUCAGUGCCGUAGUGGUGAAGAAUUAGUUUUGCUUUGCUUUUUGCAGUAUUAUGUAUAAUGUAGAUUAAUCACAUUACGGUUAAUAUAUUUCACUGUUGAAGUGUAUGAGAAGAACCUUGGUUUUGCUCUUUUUUUACUUGAAACAUUUACAUUCAUAUAUGACUUGGUUUUAUAGAAUGUCAUACUUCCCAAAUUAAACUUAGAGUUGGUGACAUCAUUCUUAAUAUUAUACUAUAAACUCCUGUUUUUCUUAGGGAAGUCACCAUAAUGCUGGCUCUUGGUUUUUGUGGGGUUUUUUUUGUGUAUUUAUUUACUACAUGUGACACAGAAACUCUUGUGUUCAUGUAACCAAUCAAUGUUUUAAACAUUUGAAUGUGGUUUUUAAGACUGGAUAGAUUAGCGAUAGCCUUUGCACAUAUAGUAUAGUCUAUUUAUUUGUGUUUGAAUAUUGGAAAUCGACUGCUUAUGGGCAUAAGUCCAUUAUCUAAGUCUAUAAAUACUAAUUAUACUAAUUGGAUCCUUCACGUAGAGCCUGACAGUUAUCAGAGAAGGCCGUCUGAAUGUAGGUGCGCAGUUUCUCUCGCCUUCCUUUAAAACAGAUUUGACCUUUUGUGCGUCGGAUCUGCUGUUCUGUAACUGACGAGGUUAGAAUUGAGCGGUGAGAGGCGGAGCCGUGGGGAGGCAGCCUAUCAGAGGAGCAGUGCUUUACCCUUCAGUUUUAGAUUGCACAGCCAAUGGUCACUUUUAGUUUUCCGUCCUUGUUCUGGCAGCUGAAUGUUUUUUGGGUACAGUGACCGCCUGUGUUGUAAAUAUCCAAAAUGGUAGAUUCCAUUGCUCCGAAAGGAAAAAAAAAACGAGAUUGGAUGUCGAUAUUUAAAAACGCACUUACCAUACCUAUUUAUCUCACUAUGGUGGCAGGAGGAUGCUCUCCUGUCCACACCCUGCGUGGGUGGAAUUUGCAUGUUCUCACGGUGUUUCCAGGUACCUCCCACAGUCCAAAGACACGCAGGUAGGCUAAUUGGUAUUGCUAAAUUGCACGGGGAGUGUGAUUGCAUGUGUGUCCUAUGAGGGGACAGGACCCCAUUCCCAGCUUUGUGCCCUUUGCUACCUGGGAUAGGCAGCUAGAAGAAGGGACGAUGAAUUUAAUUCAUUAUCUCUUUCACCCGAGAUUUAAUGGAGCCUUAAUGUAAAAAAGGAGAGAAUGUUUGCUAAGCACUUUCAUAUGAAAAUUCAUGUGCAUCUGAUGUACGUGGAAAUCCGACUGCUUUAGGAAGAGUGGCGGAGGCAUGUGUGCAUUUUGGCAUUUGAACCUUGGAGAGGGUCCACAGCAGACAGCUAGCGGUCAGUCCUGGGGUUUGUGUCAGUUGUAGCACAUUGUUACAGAGUGUGAAUUAAAUUCAGCGUGGAGCAGCGAUGUGUCAUAGGACAUGAUUGCUAGCAUGACCACAUAAACUCCAUUAGCAGCACAUGUGCACAUUUGCAGGUCUUUAGAUGGUCUGAAACACACAAAAGUCCAGGUACUGAUUAGGAAAUAGCUUGAUCGAGCAGAUGAUGAAGACCAGCUGUUUAUAAUAUCAAUUUGGAAAUGAAGUGUCACAGCUUGAUUCUGCUCCAGAUGUGAUUUGACCCACACAUGUGUUUCAUCAUAUGGUCAGGAAGUCAAUUCCUUGGAGCGCUGGUUGGUCAUCAUAGUGCUGCAGUGACAGCCAUGGAGCAGAGAUACACUUUGUAACGAAACCCUUCCCAAGGGUAACAAUGUGCAUUUGGUUUCUGCUCUCCAGGGACACAAAUGACACAGCUAAAUGAUCCUAUAGGACUCUGAUGUGCCCGAUAUUAACCCCAGCAAAGUCUGAACACGAUUAACGGGCAUCGCUGACUUGUGUUGGCACUGCUAGCUAAAGUCCUGUUUUGCCCCGUGUGUUUUCACUGGGUUGUCGCUAAAUGUUCGGCUGUGGAAACCGGAAAGUAGGAGUGUAUUUGUUACCAUUCUGCCCGCUAAAUGUUUCUCCUCAAAUCAAAGUGCACCAUUGUCAUUUGCCUGUGUAGUUAAGGCUGCUGAAACAAGUUUAGUUUUUUUCAAUAAUGCAUAAAUCUGUUUUGCAUAAGACGUAGUGCCUUUGUUGUGGUAUCUUUCCCUUGGAAGUACCUCAGCAACCAGCGACAUAAAGAAACAUAUCUUAUAGCACUGGAUAACCUGGACAUAUAGCAGUGCUAGGGAAAAAAAACUCACCUAUAGGUCAUGCUAGAGUCACAUGACUAGCUUCAGAGACCAUGUGACCUGAUGGCAGCCUACUUAUUAAGUUCUUGUUUGACAGUGGUUAUAGCAUGCUGUUCCCAGGACCUUGUUAAAACAUUGAACUUCUGGUGUUGUUUUUAUUUAUAAAAAAUUUAUUUCUCUUUUUCCAUUAACCAUCAGAUUUGAAAGAACACAAAUGUAAAAAUUCUUAAACUAUGUCGCUGUUAAAACACUUUACUGCUGAUAACCCCUAUUAGUGUUUCACCUUGUGUACGUCCUCUAUGUGCUAAUGUCAGUGUUUGGCUCUUGGUGUUUUCCAUUUAGGUUUGAAAAUCCAGCUGACAACUUCUGGCUAAUUUCUUCUUCCCAGUGUCCAUAAUCCCGGUUCACAUAGUACCAAAAACACCACUAGUUUGAAUAGAAUCAUGGCUUAGAAAAUCCCAUGGUGUGUGAGUCUGAUAUUGUGAAUCAUUCAUGUUUUCAUGUAUGUGUAUUUACUGUAGAAUUGUUUAAAAUAAAGUGUCUUGGUUAUUUUCACUG